AUGAUGUACAAAAAACCUCGUAAACCUGGACAUAUUCAGUCCCUCAUCAAAAGGUGCAAACACUUCAUCAGUCGGAGCUUUUUGAAUAUUCGAAGAGGGACGGCGACAACUUCUCUGUUUGUCAAGGCAGCAGUCAACCACAACAAGGAGCGUCGACGAAGGGCAAAGCAAAAAUACCGUCCUCGCUAUGUACCUAGUAUCUGUAACAGCCGCGGAGUUCAAAUUUCUUCUUCUUACGUAUCCAUCCCAGAUACUGUUUUCUCACCACGAGGAGGAUAUAGUUUGAUGGAUCUAAGCGAUUUGGAUAUUCCUGUAGUUGAAACAACAACAACCAAACAAAAACAUUCAAAAUCCAAUUACUUCAAUGGAAAAUUUUGUACAUCUUCGGCAGUGUAUGGUGUCGAAGUUCCGAAUACAAAUUCUUCAUCUCGAAGUUCUACUCUGAGUAGCUACAGUGGUUAUUUUGAGAAAAAUGGAGUCCAAUUAGACGAAGAAACGAUGUCCUAUACUUCCAACGUUAGAGGCUCCUAUGAUGAUCUGGACAUUGAUGCCGUAAUGGAUGACAAAACGUUCACUCUACAACGUUCAUAUUAUCUCAGUUCGUCUCCACCAUACUAUCUUGAUGGGUCUUGUACUGCCUCCGUUCAAAGUCAUUAUGUUGGGGAAGAAGGUGAUUCGUCGCUCACUUCUAACCAGUCACAUUACAUGGAUGAACUAGAUGUCUUGGAAGAAUCUCCAUAUCCAGACGGUGUACCACCAAAUAGAUAUGCUAGCCUGCUAGGAAUGUCCUCAACUUUCGACUUAAGCAAUGUUGGUGAGGAAGGGUAUUCUUUCGAUUCUAAUCCAUCACACUAUGUGGAUGGACGUGAGAGUGUGGAAGAAUUCUGUCCAGACAGUGUAACUCCCCAGAAUAGUUAUAUCAGUCUACUAUUAUGUAUGUCGUCAUUUCCGGACUUUAGCGCUGUGAUUGAGAAAUUCCGCCAACAACAAACACAACAUCCCUCUUCCAACAAAUUGCGACUGGAUGCAAGAUAUGGGGUAGAAGUUCCUCCAACUGUUUCUUCUUGUAGUGUUGGGACGGAUGCCUGGACUGCUGACGGAUACACAACUACUAGGGACACGCAAUCGGUGACUGGAAUAGAAGAUGAAUUGAACCUUGAGGAUUCUGGAAUAGACGACAACAUCAAAGAAGAACCCUUGAAAGAGACAAAGACAAAUAACAGUUUUUACUGUUAUCCUCCAAGCAACCCUAGCAACAGUGCUUACAGUCUAAUGGCUCUGGAUGAGUUGAACCUUGAGGAUUCUUUAGAGGAAACCAAGCAAAUAACGGUCAAAUCUUCAAACCUCUACCCCAAAAAACACCGGUCUGUAUUCGAUGGAGUUGUUGUUCCUAAAACAGAUGAGUCUCUGAGUUGUAUUGAGGAAAGUUCUGGUGUACAUUAUGACUUUAAGGUUGAUAAAGUUGGAAUUACUGUUGACGACUACAAAGGAGAUCCUAAGAUUACAAAAAAAGUUCAACUGUCUUCUCUUCGUCGAACCAAAUCUUGUGGGGAUGUGCCAAAUUCAUUUGUUGUACCCGAGACAGGAGGUAUAGCUCUGUUUAGUCCUUCAAACUGUGAUUCUUCGUACUACAUGGAAGACAGCAGUAAAGAAUUCUUCUCCUGCUCCUCUGAUUCAUGGCUGGACAAAGAAUAUUUUGUGGACAGUGCAUUGGCUAGAGCUAUAUUUGAUGCUCGACCACAAGAGAUGGAUUCUGAUCCUUUAUUCUCUGGAGAAAUGGAGAAUAAUGACCAGCUGCAAUAUUACAAUCAAUUCAAAGCUCAACAACAAUUCCGCAACUGCGCCAUGGACGCUUCAAAUAUGAACUCGUUUCUGCAACUUCUUCAAAGCUCUUUCCCUUCGGAUAGCACCGAUCGUUUGCUAGACAAAUUAUUUUUCGACUAUCGCCAACUCGUAUGCCAAAAGCAGAAUGAAACUAACUUUGGGAAUGACAAAUGGGAUGAGGAAUAUUUUUGGUUGUGA